AGCUGUCAAUAUAUUUGAUCAAAAUUGCAAGCAUACGCAUUUCCAGGCGCAUUUCUCUCUACCUUUACUAAAACAGCCGUACAGCCAUGAGUGGACGCGAAGGUGGCAAAAAGAAGCCUCUGAAGGCACCGAAAAAGGAGCAAGCCGAGAUGGACGACGACGAUGUGGCCUUCAAGCAGAAGCAGAAGGAACAACAGAAAGCCCUUGAAGCGGCAAAACAGAAAGCGUCUAAGGGUGGUCCACUGCUCCAGGGCGGUAUCAAAAAGUCGGGUAAAAAGUGAUCCAAA